AUGGCCACGCGCCGCUCCCAUCAAAAAUCACGUCAUGGAUGCAGCAAUUGCAAGCGAAGGAGAGUGAAAUGUGACGAGAAGCGGCCAUAUUGCCAAAACUGCACUCAGCGCAAUGACAAAUGCGUCUAUAUCGCACCAGGGCCUUUCGUUUUCGCGGGUGAACCGGAGAGGUCGGCGAGAUCAUCAGCAAAGACUCCGAGUAGUGCAAUAUCCUCAACCGAGGCAGGCAACUCCCUCAACAGCUAUGCUCCCGCCUUGGAGGCGACAACUGGGGCACCUCCACUGAAUUUAGAGCACAUGGAAUUGGAGCUCCAAUGGAUUUUGCAUACACACAAGAUUUUUGCAAGGAAUGAAGAAACAAGAAAAGUAUGGGAAAUACCAGUGCUUCAAGAGGCACUUCAUACGCCGUUCCUAAUGCACGGAAUCAUGGCCAUUUCCGCCUUGCACCUUGCUCAUCUUCGGCAGAAUGAGCGCCAAGUAGAGUGGCUCAAUAUUGCGAUCGCGCAUAAGAGCACGGCGCUGGCUAUCUUUUCAGAACAACUUCAUAACAUCGACAAGUCUAAUGCAAGAGCAAUGAUGAGUUUCGCCGGGAUCGCAGUCGUUUUCAGCUUUGCAAGUGCACUUUAUUGCUCCGACUCUGAUGACGGACCUAGCCUGAAUGCCUUGGUCGAUCUCUUGAUGCUGGCUCGCGGAGUACAGACUGUUGGGAGCCAAGCAAUGGAGUUCCUUCGACACAGCAAUUUUGCACCUCUAUUCAAUAUUACUGAACCCGGGGCGACCAUCCCCGAUGAUGUCCUUUCGGCUCUCGAUCAUCUUGAUGAUCUAAACGCUCAGUAUGGUCAGAAAUCAGGGAAUCAUCAUCCGAAGUCCUACGAGCGUGCCAUUCAGACGAUGAGAGAACUGGCUCCUUUUACCUUUGCAGAGCCGACGUCACUGACAGUAGUGGGCGGGUGGGCUAUUCGAGCUUCCCCAGAGUUUUUGGAAGGACUCAAGAACCGUGAACCAUUUGCUUUGGUGGUGCUUGCGCACUUUUGUGUAUUUCUGCAUAUCAUUCGAGAGAACUGGUGUAUUGGACCGUGGGGCCGGCUUAUUCUAGGCGAAAUAGUGCAGAUCUUGGAUUCCGACUGGCAACGUCAUAUAAAAUGGGCAGUGGUGCAAGUUUUGAGAUAA